AUGACAACAGAGAGUAUAUUAUUAGAUUCAGAUGGAGGUGGUAUUGGAAGUGACAAUCACAACAAACAAUCAAAAAACACAAUCUCAUCAUCUACAGCAAUGGAAAGCACAUCAAUUUCAACAUCUUCAACAACAACAACUUUUUCAAACUCAACAACACCUUUUAUAAUGAAUUCAAAAUUGAAAAAUAGUGGUGGUGACAUUUUAAAUAACAAUAACAAUAUAUCAAAUGAUAGCAAUAAUAAUAAUAAUGUUGCAGUUUUAAAUAAUCCAUUAAUUUAUAAUAUUAAAAAAAGUUUGUCCACUCGUAGGAUGAUCAAUUCUCUUCCAUCUUCACAUAGACAACAGCAACUUCAAUCACCGUUGAUGUCAACCAUUAAAAAAGUAGAUCCCAAUCUGAAGCGCUUCAAUAUUCUCAAGGAGAUUCUCUCCACAGAGCAGGCGUACAAUUCAUUUCUUUCGGUGCUGAUCGAUGUCUACUUGACAGGUCUUCGCGGUUCAUCGGUGCUUUCCAGCGAGGACAUCGACACCAUCUUUUCAAACAUCGAAGCAAUCAAGUCGGCCAACGACGAGAUACUCUAUCGACUCAAAGAUCGUCUGGAAAACAUCGAAAUGCCAACACAAUCUACACUCUCAUCUUCAGGAUCUUCAGAAUCACCAGAGGAAAACAACAGUCAAAUCGUCGUGGUCUCUGACAUCUUCAUUGAACUCGGGCCAUUCCUAAAGAUCUACUCCAUUUUCGUAAACAACUACUAUAGUAAAGCAAUCAAAUUUAUCAAGAAUCAAAACUCAAACAAUAAGAAAUUUAAAACUUUUUUAAACGAAUGUAAAUAUUCUCAAUCAGCAAAGAAAUUGGAUUUAAAUGAUUUAUUAAUUAUGCCAAUACAAAGAUUACCUAGAUAUAUUUUAUUGUUGGAGGAGUUGACUCAAUAUACACAGAAUUCACAGGAGAAACAGAAUUUGAUAGAUGCAAAGCAAAUAAUGAAGGAAGUGGCAUCUUAUGUCAAUCAAGCCACAGAGAGAAAGGGUACAAUGAGAAAUGAUCAAAUUUCAUUGGCACAUAUUCAACAACUUUUAGGUCCAAAGGCAGCUAAUUUAAUUCAACCGCAUAGAAAAUUAGUUAAAUCAGGUGAAUUGGAUCGUUUGGUUGUCAACUCUGAAGGUGUACCCAAAAAGAGAAAGCUAAUCGUAUAUCUUUUCAAUGACAUCAUUAUAUAUUCAGUGAAUAACAAGUUUUGGAGACAGAUGCAACUUUCUGAAGUUUGGAUUAAAUCAAGAACAAACGAAUCAUAUAAAAGUUUGGUAACAUUUGAAAUAUUUAGUCCAAGUUUGAGUUGUAUAUUUUUAUCGGAUGACAAUAAUAUGGAAUGGCCUCUGCUAAUUGAAGAUACGAUCAACUCACUUCUGGAAAACGAUGCAGCUGCCAAGGAGAAGCGAUUGAAGAUUCUGGAGAAUAUACAGGAGCAAGAGGAUCUAACGUUUGAGGAGAAACAAUUCUUUUUCGAGUCACUGUCUUCUUUAAGUGGAAAUACAGUGAAUCAACAGUCAUCACAACAACAGCUGCAUCAUCAAAAGAAUUCGGCUCUCAAAGGUAAACACAUAAGGAAGCAAAAGUCACGUGCCAAUCUCAACGGCAUUAUAGAGAGUGGAAUUGUAAACGAUAGGAAGAAACAGAUUGAACAACUCCUCAUUGAAAAGCGAAGUAUUCUCGAGUAUCAAGGUCGUGCGGGUAUGGGCGCGGAUGCUUCGGAGGGUGCACCGAGCGGAGAACAUCGUGGUGACACUGGAAACUACCAGGACUACGACGACGACUACGAUCAAGACGAUCAACUUCUCGACGAUCUCUACCUCAAAUCGAUUGAGUACAACGAGAAGAAAAAUCAGGCGGCAAUCAAAAAGUAUAAAACAUUGUCGACCUCGAUGCCAUCGUCGAUCUCGGCGAAAUCGUUUUUCAAGGAACAACCGAAUCGACUCGAUCACAUCAUCAUGCUGCGGACCAACGUGAAGAAGCAAGGCUAUCUCACAAAGAUCGGACAUAUCGUAAAGAACUGGAAACGUCGUUGGUUUGUCAUGGAGAAUGGAUAUCUUUUCUACAUGAAGCACCAAGAGUCGAACCGACAACUUGGCACCAUCGCAAUUCUUGGCUCCAACAUCGAGAUGAUUUGCUACGAGAGUAGAUCGUUUCAUAUUGUCACGAAAGGACGUACUUUUAUGCUGGUUGCAGAUAGCGAAGAUGAUUUGCGCGAUUGGCUGCGUGUCAUCCAAGAGUUCUUUGAUGAGCGUACUUCCAACAUCCAGCGAAUCAAAAGUCAAUUCCUCUCGGGUGCCAAUAAACCUCUGUCACAAUCCGCAGGUGAACUCUGGCUGUCGGCAUCACCAAAAGCUUCCAGCAGUCCAACAUCACCAAAACACACUCCUUUCCUGAACAGUUCACUAGACGGCAGCAAUACGUCGCUAUUGGCAAAUUCCAGAUCAUUAAGGAAUCAGAUUACGACGAAUUCUUCAACGACAACCAGUAAUUUUAACACUAAUAGUGGUAAUUCUGACAGCUCCGUACUGUCGGCAGCAGAUAUUCUUAGAAGAUGUACAAUAUUAAACAAUGAUAAUAAUAAUAAUAACAACCAUUUCGAAGGUGGAAAAGAUCAACAACAAAUAAUCGAAUCGGAAUAUGAAGAUAGUGGAUCAGAUAUUACUAUUUCCAGUGACGAUGAAGAUUUAGAUGACUAUGAAGAUUCUACCACAACCGAAUCUGAAGAUGAAAAUUGA